AUGGUUAGUCAGCCACCUGCCAUCAUAGGGUUACCAGUUGUGGAGAAUCGUAUGGAGCCUUUGUUUGAAAGGUUUCAAAAGCAACACCCGCCAGUGUUUGAAGGCAACAUCGAUCCGGUCCAGGCAGAGGAGUGGAUUAGUGGGAUGGAGAGGAUCUUGAACAUGAUGGGAGUUCAAGGCAAUGAACGAGUGGUGUUUAAUGAUAAAUACUAUAAAUCAGCAGUGUUAACAGCAAAAAUGGAUGAAUUUACCAAGCUGACUCAAGGUAAUCUCUCGGUGACAGAAUAUGCACAGAAGUUCGACCGGCUGGAAAAGUUUGCCAAGGGUCUUGUACCUACUGACAAGUGGUGGAAAUGGCUCUUACGGCAGAAAGAAGCGAAGAAAGAAUCUGGAAAGAUAAUGCUGCUAGAAGGGAUGCCAAGAAGAGUGGGGGCAACCACCUCCAAUGACAAUAGGAAAAGGGGACAGGACCAGCCAAGCCAAGCCAGAAAUGAUAAAAAGCCCAAGCCCAACAAUGACAACCUUCCUGGUGGAAAUGGUGGCAGAAACAUUCCAACUUGCCCUAAAUGCACAAAACGCCAUUUUGGUGAGUGCAGAGCUGGAGUUUGCUACAAAUGUGGGAAGGAAGGUCACGUGAAGCGCAAUUGUCCGACAUGGGAACAAUCUAGCAAUAAGGAAUAA